AGCAGCGAAGGCAGCACAGCACAGCCUGCCGAGCAGCACCACACGCUGUGCCCACCUGCGCCAGGAUGCCCGAGGCCAUGCUGCCCGCCUGCUUCCUCGGCCUGCUGGCCGUCACCUCUGCCUGCUACUUCCAGAACUGCCCGAGGGGCGGCAAGAGGGCCAUGUCCGACCUGGAGCUGAGACAGUGCCUCCCCUGCGGCCCCGGGGGCAAGGGGCGCUGCUUCGGGCCCAGCAUCUGCUGCGGGGAGGAGCUCGGCUGCUUCGUGGGCACCGCCGAGGCGCUGCGCUGCCGGGAGGAGACCUACCUGCCGUCGCCCUGCCAGUCGGGCCACAGGCCCUGCGGGAGCGGGGGCCGCUGCGCCGCCGACGGCAUCUGCUGCGACGAAGAGAGCUGCGUGACGGAGCCCGAGUGCCGGGAGGGCGCGGGCCUCCCCCGCCGCGUCCGCGCCAACGAGCGGAGCAACGCGACCCAGCUGGACGGGCCGGCCGGGGCCCUGCUGCUGCGGCUGGUGCAGCUGGCGGGGGCGCCCGAGCCCGCCCCGCCCGGCGUCUACUGAGCCCCCACGCCCUCCCGCCCGCCCUCGGAGCACGGAAAAUAAACCUUUUA